AUGGACAUAUUUGUACUCACAUCGGAAGAAUAUUCUGUAAAAAGUAUGGAUAUAAAAGCGACCGGAUUGUCCGAGAUUUCAAUUCUCGGCAAAAUAACUCUGAUUUUUAAUCUUUUCGCGAAUCUGUCAUCUUGGAUAUCGUUUACUACGACUUCGUGGGGUGAGGGUUAUGAGAACGACUCCAGGUUAGGUGUCGGGCUGUGGAAGAUCUGCGGGACAUCCCUACAAACACCAUGUUUAGAUACAGCAGGAGUUCGAAUAGAUUGGUACGCCUCAGUGCAAGCUUUCAGUAUAUUUGGUUUUGUAGGAAGUAAUAUAUCAGUGGCUCUAAUAUUAAUCUAUAUUUUCUGGCACCGGUUUAAGAAGAAUACCAAGUUAGCCAUGGCAGCUGGUAUUAUCUGCAUUCUUUCAAGUGCAGCUUAUCUACUAGCAGUGAUAAUAUUCGCGUCUAUGUUUAAAGAUCUUGGAAUGCACACACUAUCCUGGUCGUUCAUAUUUACCGUUAUAGCCCUUUUAUUAGAAACUCUUGUCGGCUGUGCUUUACUAAUUGACGCAAGAAACUUUAUGUAA